GCCAGACCUUCUCGAUCUCUCAUACUGAUCUCUGAGAGAAAUUCUUCUCAAAACUUGUAUUGCAGCAACGGUUAUUGUGUUGAGACAGUCUGCUGCAGGCUGACUGAAAGAGUUAGAAGCGAGAGAUGGCAUCAAUUGAUUUUGACGCGCUGCGACGGGCGCCGGUUGGUGGCAGUGGAGGCGUGAGCGAGACCGUCGCGGUCAACCAUCGAGCACUGAUCACUCGAACGCUGUCCAAGUAUCCGGUUGACCACGCAUUAUUCAGAGAGUUGAUUCAAAACAGUGCUGACGCUGGCGCGACGACUGUUAAAGUCGAGUUCUUCACCGACGGCUCCAAGGGGCCUAUCAAGAUGGACCGAAUAGUAGACGUGCAAAAGCAAACCGUGAAACGCCUGCGCAUCAGCAACGACGGCAUGAACUUCCGCCCGGAAGACUGGGACCGGCUGCGCGAGAUUGCAAAGGGCAAUCCAGACGAAACCAAGAUCGGCGCGUUUGGUGUCGGGUUCUACUCUGUCUUUGCGGUGACGGACGAGCCGAUGGUGCUCAGCGGCGCGACCGGAAUGAACUUUUACUACAAAGGCGACCAGCUCCAUUACCGACGAUUUGAGAUCUCGGAAGAGAUGCAGAAGCAGGCGACCAGGAAAUGGACGUCGAUAGAUCUGCCGUACUCGUCGGCGAAGCCGCUUCCGGAGCUGCCGCAUUUCACUAGUUUUCUAGCGCAGAGCUUGACGUUUGUCAAGUUGCAGCAGAUCGAGUUCACCGUCGACGGCAUACCGCUGCUUGUUAUCCAGAAAGUAAAGUCCGAUCCGGCGAAGCUCGAUAUUCCAAAGGAAAUCAACCUGAAAUCACUCGAUCGGUCUAUGCAGAUGGAUAGGGUGGAGACCGAGUCCGUGCAGAUCAAGGCUCGGUACUUGAACGUUACGCAGCUGGGCAAGUCAGAAGUCGAGUCAAAGGGGAUAGUAUCGUUUGGGCUGAAGUUUAUCCAUGCAUUCACCGCCGACGCUGAAAAACCGACAGAGUACACAGAGGCCGUUCUGUUCCUCCGCAACAUCACAGGCUACAUAUCAACCUAUCCAUCCUCCGCAUUUGCAAAGAAGCUGCAAGGCGCAAUCAUGAAACCCCCGCCAAGACAUGCCUCGAUCUCGAUGAUUGCGCUCAGCAAAGCCGAAGCCGACUCGUCGCAGCUCAAGUCUGGAAUCGCAAGCCAGAUCUUCCCAAAGGAGUUUGAGGACGCAAAGGUCUUUAUCGGGUUCCCCACCAAGCAGACUACGGCUUUGAAGUCGCAUAUCGCUACGCCGCAGGCGAUUCCGACCAUGGAGCGUGCAGCUGUCGACACUGCGAAUGCGUACGUCAAGGACUGGAAUAAGGAGAUGAUGUACAUGGCGGGAAUCUUGACUCGUAUAGUCUACGGCACCGAGAUGAGCUCGAUCGGCAGCCUAGUAUCCUCCGGCGACGCGAAGAAACCGGUUCUCAACCCCGAAAUCUUCGACAAAGCAGGGUUUAUCAUGAGCCAAUUCUACUUUGGCAGCUCGACCCCAGACGCGCGGAUCGGCCAGUACAUCGCGACCGGGUUCUGGAAGUCUGCAAAGUCGGUCCCGCUCGUGACCACCAAGGGCGUCAAGCCGUCGACCGAAGCACGUGCGAUGGAAGACAUCACGUUUCUGAAAAACGUCGCUAUGAUUCCAAAGGAGAUGUACGAAGGUGCGCCCAAAUUCCACGACCAGGUCAAGACCUUGGGUCUCAUCCGCACCGUCGACGCAAGCGAUAUCCAGACCGAAUUCAGAAACCGGGCGCUGGACUCCGCAGACAUGAUUGCCUUCCUCAAAUGGGCGAUCAAGAAAGUGAAAAACAGCGAGAUGUCGAUGGCCGAACUCGGCACGAUGCUGGGCUACGCUCUGCUCGCGGACGAAAAGAUGGGGACGAUCGAUAUGCGGUCGCUGAUGUAUUACCAUAAUACCUCGAUCAUUCCUGCAAAAAUGCCGGUUCCGUAUACGUGCCUGCCAUAUACUGUUGCAAAGGAGUUUAGAAACGCCGAUCUGGAGAUGAUUGGCUGGAAACCGCUGGAUAUCUACUCAUGGGUGAUGCACCUCACCGGGACGUACUCCGGCUCCCUACCGAUCGAGCAAAAUCUCUCAGUCUCGCCGGAUUUUGCUCAGGAAGUUCUGUCGACGAUCUCAAAACAGUGGUACCCGCAAGUAACCUCAGUCAAGACGGCGAUCUUCGAGCUGCUGCGCGAGCUGACAUGUAUCCCCACGCAAAAGGGAAUGAAGAAGCCCAGCGAGUCUUAUCUGCACGAUAUCAAGAUGUUUCCCGACCUGCCGAUCGUGAGCGAAGCCGUCAAGAACAGCGUCUCGGAAGAACUGCUGGUGUACCUCGGCGUGCGCAAGACGAUCGAGCUCAAGUACGUGAUGGAACGGCUGCAUUCAGAUACCAAAGCGGGGAAAUGGUCGUCGCAGGACAUGGUCGUCUACCUAGCGAGCCAGCAGAAGGACAUGCAAUCUACCGACUUUACGUUCCUGAAGGAGAACGAGAUCGUCUCGAGCGAGAACGACGACAGGUUGCAUAGAGUCAGCGAGUUGUAUCAGCCCGCAGACGAGCUGCGCGAGAUGGGACUUCCGCUGCUCAAGUGGUCGGAUAUGAACUGGAACCCGCGCUCGUCGGAGGCAUUGUUUUUGUUUAAGCUGGGGUUGAAGAGUCAUCCGCCGGUGCAGACGGUGAUUGAGCUCGCGGCGAAAGCAAAGACCGAAGAGGAGAGGGACACUGCUCUGCUGUACUUCAUUCGCUACUUUGACCAAAACAAGUACCGAUCGGUGUACAACUCCAACAUUCACGAGCAGUUUCUGCCAGCAACCAUCGGCAGCGGUGAAAAGAUCAAGAAAGUGACGGUUGCUCCACGCGAGUGUUUCUCUUCCUCUUCGGUAGCCCUGUUUGGCUUCCCUGUCCUCAGAGAGGACCUGCAGGCCGAGGCGUGGAAGUUCGGCGUCCAGAUCUAUCCGCCGAUCGGGGACGUCGUGUCAAGACUAGUCGCGGUCCCGCCGUCAUCGCUCGAGCAGGCGAACAAGAUGUUUACCUUCAUGGCCGGCAACAUCUCUGAUCUCCGCAAUAGCGACGUCAACCUACUAAACAGCUCGGCGUUCAUCCCAAUCUUUGACGAAAAUACCGGCAACGUCUCCUCCUACGCGCCGCCAUCGCGCGUGUUUAUAGAGUCCUCCACAACCUCCUCCUCCGGCGGCGGCAGCAAAGAUCUCUUCUACCGCAGCUUCUUCAACUUUGUCAGUUUCGACGUCGGCGCAAAUGCGUUCCUGCGCUACUGCGGCGCGCGCGACAAGCCGAGCAUGCUCGAGCUCGCGCGACUCACGGUCGCGGAACCGAACGCGAUGUUUGUCAACGCGGGCGGAUACGCAAAGUAUAAUGAGCUGCUGGUCAAUUUUGAGCGGAACUGGGCGCAGCUGGCCGGGGACGCGAAGUUGCUUGCAGAUAUGAAGCUCUCGGCGUUUGUCGUCGGGCGGAAGUUUUCAGUUCCGGGCGGGGAGAAGAGUGUGGCGGCGGCGGCGGCGGCGGGAGAUGGCGAGAGUGAUUUCGAUGAGGACGAUAGUCUUGCGGACGAGGAUGUGGAGUAUGUACUUGCUCGUGCAUCUGAGAUUGUGAUUAACGACGACGUGGUCAACUACAAUUUCUUCAAGAUGGAGAUUUUAUCUGCGCCGUUUGAGCCUGAGAUUGAGAAAUUAUACCAGAGAAUUGGAUCUCUGAAGAUGUCGAAUGUCGUCCAAGAAUCAAUCUCGCUCGGCGCGUCAAUCAACUCAUCCGACGUAUCCAACGUGCGCAAGCGCAUCCUCGAACGCACCAAACUCUACCUCGACCUCAACGACCGCAUCGAAAACACCAAAGUCCCCUUCCCGCACUUUGAAAAGAACCUGCGCAUAUCCUCUGUCUCGCGCAUCCAGAUCCAGCGAUCAAUCAUCCGGCUCGCGCUGCGGCGGCGACAGGAGCCCGUGAUAACGUCGACGACCGCAUCGAUGACGAAGCGCCCGGACGGCGGGUGGACGAUGUACCUCGUGCCUAAGUUUGAGUACUUUGACGUCGCGCAGGCGCUGGUCAAAGUGCUGCUCGAGCGGCCGACACCCGACGCGGCGACGGUGCUCGAGUCGCUUAUGAAUUCGUCGCUGAGCAGUCUCGAGCGGCGCGGGUAUAACGUCAAGCGGCUGAUCAAGCACCAGCGGCAGGAGAACGAGGCGGCCAAGGCGGCGCAUAAUAAGUUGCUGGAGGAAGCGCGGCAGAAGGAGGUUGAGCGGAAGAAAGCGGAGGAGGCGGAGCUUGAGAGUUUGAAGCAGAAGUUGAUGGCGUCCGGGCCGUUGCAGGGUGAGCCUGCGCCGUCGAGCAGUGAUAAAGAACUUGAUCUGCCGCCGUCGUAUGGAUCCAGCAGUGGUAAGAACACAGACUCGCAGUUGACGAGAUCACAGCCGCAGCAGCCGCAGAAGCAAGACAAGAGUUUUGACCUUGGCGGGGUGUUCAAUAAGUUGAAGCGAGGCAGUUCAAGAAGAUCGAGCGCGAGCCUGCCAUCUUCUCCUCGUGAGCAGAGGCCGCUGAUCGAGGGUACGUCUGCUCCACGACAACAAAGUCCGACUCGGGUCCCCGGUGGCUGGGACGAUGACGUCCCUCCGCCCCAGCAGCAGCAGCAGCAGCGACCACAGAGAAUCACAUCAGGGAGCAGCACAGGCUCAGCGCCGCUGACAGACAGCGCGACCCGGCAGCUUUUGCAGGAAGGAAUCCAGCACACGGCCGCCUACCGGGGCGAGAACCUGCAGAACGACGAGCAGCAAUGGAUGCCAGGCCAAGACGUCGCCGCGUCCGCGGCCGCGUCCGCCGAGCAAAUGUGCGACCGCACUGUCGCGCACGAUCUCGAGUUCUCCGGGAUGGUGUCGAACAUCGGGCCGAAGCUGUACGUCUCGCGUGGCGUGCCGGACAGGCAGGUGCCGCGGGAGUUGCAGGGCCAUAUGAAGUUAUUCGGACACACGCUGCGCGAGCUGGCGGUGAACGUGUUCAAGGUACGCUGGGACGCGAUCCACAUGUACUACGACGAGAACGGGGAGUCUGUCGCGUUCAACAUGAACGGCAGUUUAUUUUUCAACCUGCGGUAUUUUGUGCGGGACGUGCGCGCGACGCAGACGCUGGCGAGCGCGGGCGGGUUUAAUAUGGCAAAGGCGCUGGACUACUGGUUCCCGGUGAUGGCGCACGAGUUGGCGCAUAACCUCGAGCAUUCGCAUGGUCAGCGGCAUUCGUUCUUCGCAGAAACGUAUAUCCAGCAGUUUGCGGCUGCGUAUAGACGGGUUGCGAAAAAGCAUGAUAGCUCUGUGUAGAUUUGAGAGAUGAUGAUGAUGAUAAAUCUCUGUUUAAAGUCCGUUGCUAGAGUUGAGAGACUUGGAGGGGUUGCAUGGCUAUAUUGUUAACUGAAGAUGCUUACAGGA